CCCCUGGCACCCAGGGGGAGGGGAGGGGCUGGCAAGUAGGGGGCCUAGACCCUGGGAAGCAGGGGACUGUGAGCUGGGCCGGCUGAGCAGAGGUGCAGAAGCAACUGCUUCCAAGUUGUCUGGCAGCUUCAGGUGGACCCAGAAGACGUUCCCAACUCAGGGAGACUCAGCGAUCACUCACUUGCUGUACAGAAUGAUAUUCCUCACGGCACUGCCUCUGUUCUGGAUUAUGAUUUCAGCCUCCCGAGGGGGUCACUGGGGUGCCUGGAUGCCCUCGUCCAUCUCGGCCUUCGAAGGCACGUGCGUCUCCAUCCCCUGCCGCUUUGACUUCCCGGAUGAGCUGCGGCCCGCCGUGGUGCAUGGUGUCUGGUACUUCAAUAGCCCAUACCCCAAGAACUACCCUCCAGUGGUCUUCAAGUCGCGCACCCAAGUCGUCCACGAGAGCUUCCAGGGCCGCAGCCGCCUCCUGGGGGACCUGGGCCUGCGUAACUGCACCCUUCUGCUCAGCAACGUCAGCCCUGAGCUGGGCGGGAAGUACUAUUUCCGUGGGGACCUGGGCGGCUACAACCAGUACACCUUCUCAGAGCACAGCGUCCUGGACAUCAUCAACACCCCCAACAUCGUGGUGCCCCCAGAGGUGGUGGCAGGCACGGAAGUGGAAGUCAGCUGCAUGGUGCCGGACAACUGCCCAGAGCUGCGCCCUGAGCUGAUCUGGCUGGGCCACGAGGGGCUGGGGGAACCCGCUGUGCUGGGCCGGCUGCGAGAGGACGAGGGCACCUGGGUGCAGGUGUCGCUGCUGCACUUCGUGCCCACGAGGGAGGCCAACGGCCACCGGCUGGGCUGCCAGGCCUCCUUCCCCAACACCACCCUGCAGUUCGAAGGCUACGCCAGCCUGGACGUCAAGUACCCCCCGGUGAUUGUGGAGAUGAACUCCUCAGUGGAAGCCAUCGAGGGCUCCCACGUGAGCCUGCUCUGUGGGGCUGACAGCAACCCGCCGCCGCUGCUGACCUGGAUGCGGGACGGGACGGUGCUCCGGGAGGCGGUGGCCGAGAGCCUGCUCCUGGAGCUGGAGGAGGUGACCCCCGCCGAGGACGGCGUCUACGCCUGCCUGGCCGAGAAUGCCUACGGCCAGGACAACCGCACCGUGGGGCUCAGUGUCAUGUAUGCACCCUGGAAGCCAACGGUGAACGGGACAGUGGUGGCCGUAGAGGGGGAGACGGUCUCUAUCUUGUGCUCUACACAGAGCAACCCAGACCCUAUUCUCACCAUCUUCAAGGAGAAGCAGAUCCUGGCCACAGUCAUCUACGAGAGCGAGCUGCAGCUGGAGCUGCCGGCCGUGUCACCCGAGGAUGAUGGAGAGUACUGGUGUGUGGCUGAGAACCAGUAUGGCCAGAGGGCCACCGCCUUCAACCUGUCUGUGGAGUUCGCUCCUGUGCUCCUCCUGGAGUCCCACUGCGCCGCAGCCCGAGACACAGUGCAGUGCCUGUGCGUGGUGAAGUCCAACCCGGAGCCAUCCGUGGCCUUUGAGCUGCCAUCGCGCAAUGUGACCGUGAACGAGAGUGAGCGGGAGUUCGUGUACUCGGAGCGCAGUGGCCUGGUGCUCACCAGCAUCCUCACGCUGCGGGGGCAGGCCCAGGCCCCGCCCCGCGUCAUCUGCACCGCGAGGAACCUCUAUGGCGCCAAGAGCCUGGAGCUGCCCUUCCAGGGAGCCCAUCGACUGAUGUGGGCCAAGAUCGGGCCUGUGGGCGCUGUGGUCGCCUUUGCCAUCCUGAUUGCCAUCGUCUGCUACAUUACCCAGACACGCAGGAAAAAGAACGUGACAGAGAGCCCCAGCUUCUCGGCAGGGGACAACCCUCCCGUCCUGUUCAGCAGCGACUUCCGCAUCUCUGGGGCACCAGAGAAGUACGAGUCCAAAGAGGUCUCUACCCUGGAUUCUCACUGAGCGCCCCAGGAGAGCGAGAGGCGCCUGGGAUCUGAGAGGAGGCUGCUGGGCCUUCGGGGAGAACCCCCAGAGCUGGACCUGAGCUAUUCUCACUCGGACCUGGGGAAACGGCCCACCAAGGACAGCUACACGCUGACGGAGGAGCUAGCUGAGUAUGCUGAAAUCCGGGUCAAGUGAAGGAGCUGGGGGCAGCCCGUGUGGCUGACCCCCCCUCAGGACCCUCGCUGGCCCCCACUGGCUGCGGGCUCCCUUCCUCCCAAAAGUAGCGGGGGCUGGGGCAGGAGGGGAAUGAGGCAGGUGACAGUGAGGUCCUGGGGACCUGACCUCCCCCUCCUUCCCAGCUGCCCCUCCCUGCCAGCACCCCCACGCCCUCAUUACGGCUCCUCUCUAACCACCUUUACCCUCAUCUGUCCGGAGAGGAGCUCUGUCUGUCCGUGUUAUUUAUUGCUACUUCCUGCCUGGUCUCCUGCCCCGACACCUGGCCCCGGGGCCUGUACAAAAGGGACAUGAAAUAAAUGCCCCGAAGCCAAA